GGAAAUGUGGUGUUCAGGUCAAAAAUAAAGCCUGCAUCGUGGUUGGAAAUUAUUUUUAGCUUGUGUGAUCACCGGACAGCGGGAUUUGACAAUUAUCUUCCAUUUAUUUUACCUUGGGUAAAUGCCUGUUUUUAUUUAUCGUUAUUGUAGUGAUAAAUCGACGAUUGCUUUCUUCGUUCAUAAGGCUGACAAUGAUUCGAUGAAAAGUGAAAUGGAAUUGCGGUGUUCGGGUCAAAAAUGAAGCCUGAAACGUGGUUGAAAAAGCUCCUCCCGGGGGCAAGAGGGCAACGUGGCAGUUUGGGCGCCUUAGUGUCGCCUGCCGAAUCUCCCACUGCAGAAUCCCUCGCUGAAUACGCGACUGAGCGUCAAUUGCAACAUUCCAUAUCUCUCGACAACGUCGCCGACGCGUUUGAGUUGAUUGAGAAGCUAGGAAUCAGUGCCGUGGACGGGGUGAGCAAGCAUACCCAGACCCAACCCUUGUUUUACGCAUGCGAGAAAGAUGCCAAGAACGUCGUGAGGAACCUGAUCGGGAACAUCGACGUCGACAGUCUCGUUAGCCUGGAGGACUUGGAAGGUCGGCGGUUGUUGCAUGUCGUCAAGAGCCGGGACUGUGCCAAAAUAUUGCUGGAGCACGUCGGGGACCCGGAUUUGCAGCGGAAAUGGAUCGAGAGCCCUGGUUCCGGAGACUGUUCCGCAUUCACUCCUCUUCAAGCAAUGGUCUCAGCAGAGCGUCCUCAAGUCCUGGAAUAUUUCUUGCGAUUCAGCGUGGAAUUCUGCUGCUCGCCCUUCGGCUCCAAGCAUUUAUCCCCCAUCAAACUCGCCGCUCGGCAAGGCCGCUACAAUUGCUUGCAAGUGAUGAUCAAACGCGUCAUUUCCGACACCACCGGUAUUGUUGUGUGCGACACAACGUAUCCAGAACCGCAGAAAUCCCGCAUCAGCAGCGAACGCGACACCGCUAUCCAGUUCUGGGACGAUUUGCUCCGAGUUUCCGCGGAGAACGGUAGCUGGCGCUGCUUCGACCUCAUCUUGCGCUCUCGACCCGCCCAUCUUCCGAUCCACUCGAAGUCCUUCGUCGAUAUCGUGAAGCGCUUGGAGGACGAAGACGACGAAAAGAGGAUCAGGAAACUGUUGGACCAAACUAUAAACUUUGCACAAGAUGGUGGCGAAAUCGACCCGAACAAGCUCGUCAUCGACUACGGGAUCCUGUUCGCCCCGUGCAUCAAACGCAAGUCCGACAUGCUCGACGAGUCUUCUGUCGUCUGGCGCCUGGGUAAUAAUCGUCCGAACCUUCUCCUCCAUCCUCUCUGCUACUCAUUCCUUCAGUUCAAGUGGAUGAAGCUCUCUAUAUUCUUCUACAUAAACAGCAUCUUCUACUUCGCGUUUCUCUGCUCUUUGACUGCGUAUAUUGUGCGGGAGGCGAAGGGCUUGCGGAACGAAAAGAACUACUACUUCCUUUUCACGCUCAAUUGCGUACUGGCUGCCAGGGAACUCUAUCAGCUCAUGUCUCGAAAAUUCCAGUACUUGAUCAACUGGGAGGACUGGACAGAGGCCUCGGUGGUUGCGCUGGCAUUUUUGCAUUUGGAAGGAGGACCGACGCUUUUCGGUCUCUACACUGUGCAUUUUAGAAUCCUGACGUUGAUGUUGGCGUGGCUCGAGAUGGCGUACAUGUUUGCGAGGUUCCCGUUCCUGGGGUACUACUUCUUGAUGUUCAAAAGUGUAGUGAUCACUCUUUUGAAGUCUCUGUUGGCGUUCUCUCCGCUGCUCAUCGGUUUCACCUUUGGCUUCGACAUUUUGUUCACGGAGGCGCAGACUCACGUGUACGCAUGCGACGAGUUCUCGUGGACUCAGACGAUGUUCAUUGCAGCGAGGAUGUUUGUGAUGAUGGCCGGUGAGCUCAACUAUUUCGAAUCUUUGGCCGGACUAGGAUUAGAUGUUGGCGAUAUGUCGAAUUCAUCAUCGGCGAGGUGUCUGAACAACUCUCCGGAGACGCUCAACCGUAGGAACCUUUUCGUGUAUCACGUCUUAUUCAUUAUGUUCGUGUUACUCGUGACGAUUGUUAUGGUGAAUUUGCUCGUGGGUUUGGCUGUCAGCGACAUCACGCGGUUGGAAAGGAAAGCUGUGACGAGUCGAGCCCAGUUGACGGCGUCGCUAAUUUUCGAAGUGGAGAAGAUUUUCCAUUCGAGUUGUUGCGUUUGGUUGCCCGAGGUUUUCAAAAAGAUCACGUUGAUUAAGCCGCAUUUGAAGCGAGGCCGAGCAGCGACGAUUUUGCUUCGCAAGGGUCGUUAUUCGGAAUCCGGGUUUAUAGAAUUGCCGACUGACAUAAGUUCCAUGCGAAUUAUGGCCCGGAAACAGAUGUUCAAGAUUGCACCGAAUUUUGAUGAAUUGUUCCUGAGUCCUGAACUCGUCCGGAGUACGAUUGGGAUGGACUGUUGGCGGGAGCUCAAGAAAAUCGCUAGAAAAAAUGCGGGUCUUGAAGAGUGAAUGAAGAAGACGAUCGAUUUUUUUUUCUACAGAAAACCGCUCAUUUUAUAUCAUUGCAUGCAUUGGAAGAACGCAAAAGCAUUCGGACAAGUGCAAUAAUACAUGGAUUUUUCGUACCAAAAAAACUGCCUCGAAAGCACCUACAAUAGCCAUUCAAGAACGGACAAGCUCGGGACGACGUCCUACCAAAAAUUCAUUGUGGAUUUUUUGGCGCAAUUUCAGUGGAUAUUUAUUGACAGUGAGAAAAGUAUUUUUUGGGUUUGUGGACAAAAAAAAAAAGAAUCUGCAUGAAUGGAAUACUUCCGAGUUCUCAAAGCAAAGUGACAUCACAGCCGGUAUAGCGAAUGAGAAAAGUUCGCAGAAAUUUUUGUUUUCGAAAUGUGAUUUGAAGCAUUAAAUGAAUGACAUUCACUUUGA